UCCAGCCCUAUAAUACAGCUACGCUUUCAUCAAACGGUAUCUCGCUUUGCUUUACACAUAUGCCACCAUGAAACCAAUGGACGAUGGCGGAUGACACAGAGGAUGUUGAGCUGGACUUUGCAGCUGACGAGCAGGAGAGGGCGCGGAGAAGCGCUGUCAUUAGACACCCUCUUGCCUCCUUUUUCCACCUGUUCUUCCGGGUGGUUGCCAUUGUCGCCUAUUUGCUCUGUGACUGGAUCAGCGAGAACUUUGCAUCGUGUUUUGUCCUGAUCAUCACUCUGCUCUCCUUUGACUUCUGGUCUGUCAAGAAUGUGACUGGCAGGCUGUUGGUGGGCCUGCGCUGGUGGAAUCAGAUCGAUGAGGAUGGAAAGAGCCUCUGGGUGUUCGAGGCCAAAAAAGCCUCACGGGGCAAUAACAUUGGGACAGAGGCAGAGGCGAGAAUAUUUUGGCUGGGUCUCAUCAUCUGUCCUCUCAUAUGGACAUUCUUCUUCUUCACCUCCCUCUUCUCCCUGAAGAUUAAAUGGCUGUCACUUGUUGUAGCUAGCAUUUCCCUCCAAGUGGCUAAUCUCUAUGGUUACCUCCGCUGCAAGGCAGUGGGUGAGGAAGGCCAGCCUUCAGACACCCGCUCUUUCACGGGACAGCACCUCCUGCAGCGUCCAGACAUCAUCUUUGGAAUACUAUGAAGAUUACCUCCUCCUGCACAGCCACUCUGCUGUGCAUGUGUGUGUGUCUUUGUGUGUGUGUGUGUGAGCGAGAGAGAGAAAGAAAGAGGGAGAUAGAUGAGGGCUGCCUCCUCUCUAAAGUUCCCACAAACUGCAUCUACUUGAAUGGCUGUGUGCCUUGUGCAUGCCUUAUGCUGCUGACUGUUCACUUCACAUGUUGCCCAUGGAUCAGUCUGGCUACUAUGUCAAUAAAAUUAAGUGCAUUUUA